AUGGCUACCCCUAGUGUCCUAGCUCUUGACGCUGAGGGUCGUGCCAUUGACUUUGAGGUCUGGGUCGACGACCUGCAGCUGUACUUGCAGUGCGAUAGGGUAGAUGACAUUUCUCUCUUUGACCUUACCUCUGGCGCCGUCCCUGCCCCUGCUGCUGAUGCUGACCCCACUGUUCGCUCCAAGUGGGCCACACGCGAUGCUGCUGCACGUCUUGCUGUGCGUCGCCACCUCCCCACCUCUAAGCGUGCACACUUUAGUCAGUACAAGAGUGCACAGACCUUGUACGACGCUGUAGUUGCACGCUACUCCUCCCCUGCCACUGCUGCACUGAGCCGUCUCAUGCUACCGUACCUCUUCCCCAACCUUGCUGCCUUUCCCACAGUCGCUGACCUCAUUACGCACCUCCGCACUAGUGACACUCGCUACCGCGCUGCGCUUCCUGCUGACUUCUGCGCCAAAACCCCCCCCCCCAUGUACAUCACUCUCUACUUUCUAGUCACUCGUCUCCCUGAGUCCCUUCGUGUAGUUAGGGACCACUUUCUCUCGCUCUGUCCCACCACUCUCACUGUCGACCUCCUCGAGAAGUCCCUCCUAGCGGCCGAGAAGAGCAUAGUCGCUGUAGGGGCCUCUCGUGGUGACCCUCGCACCCCCAUCUUUGAGGGGUGUUCUCCUUCCCCCCUGUUACCCUCUGUCGCCUCUGCUGCUGCGGCCGACCUCGUUGGUCUUGAGUCGGUCGGUGCGGCGUCUGCCCCUAGCGGGAGACGCCGCCCUAGCAAGGGCAAGGGGGGCAAGGGCGCGGGUGGAGCUAGCGGGGGCGGUGGCGGAGGAGGUGGGGGCGGCGGGGGGAGUGGGGGUGGCGGUGGAGGUGGUAGCGGGGGUGGGGGUACUAGUGGCGGUAGUGGAGGCGGAGGUGGCGGCGGCGGUGGCGGUGGGAGCGGAGGUGGCGGAGGUGGCGGCGGUGGAGGCGGAGGCGGGGGUGGCGGUGGUGGAGGUGGUCCGAGUGGCUCUUCGCAGCGGAGCAGCACUGGGGGUGGUCAGCGCCAGCAGCAACGUUCUCGCGACGUCCCCGCCCCUCUGCAGCUCCGUGAGUGGUACACGCAGCGUCAGCGUGGUGGGGCUUUUGGUCCCUGCACCUACGUCCUUCGCACCGGCGACCGCGCGGGUGAGCAGUGUGGGGGUACCCACACCGCCCAGCGCUGCUUUGGCCGCCUGACGGACGCUUGGCGCCAGCAGUUCCCGGAGGCCUCUGAGAUCCAACGCUGGGGAGAGCUGUCUAGGGCUGGUGUAGCUAUCUUUGAUCUUGACUUUGAUGCUAUCCUUGCUGCCAUGUAUGCUGUGACUAUUAGUGAUGAGGGUGACUGUUACCGGUGUUUCCCGCCCGACCCGGGCAUUGGUACUGCUGCUCUAGGUGCCAAUGAGGCUACAGCUCUAGGUGCCAGUGCGUCUGUGCUCUCAGGUACUAGUGAGUCUGCGCUCUCAGGUACUAGUGAGUCUGCGCUCUCAGGUAUUGCGUCGGCUUCGGCCUCCCACACCUUCACCCUUGACUCUGGGGCAUCUCGCUCCUUCUUUCGGGACCGCACCACACUCAGGCCGCUUAGUCGGCCGGUUGCGGUGUCCCUGGCUGACCCCUCUGGGGGUCCUGUCCUGUCUCGCUUCUCCACAGUCCUCCCGUGUCCGGCGGCCCCCUUUGGCACCCUGUCUGGUCUCUACCUCCCCUCGUUCUCUACGAACCUGGUGAGUGGUGCUGACCUACAGGAUGCGGGUGUCCACCAGUUCACUCCUGCUUGUCAGCGUGUGACGCACUGCACAGAGGCUAGCACAGGUCGUCACCUGGCUACGUUUACACGUCAGCCAGGGUCGAGCCUGUACACACUGACCACUGCUUCUCCUCCAGUUGCUGAGUCCGGUAGGGUCCCUUCGUCUGGUCAGGUGUUUGCUGCAGCGUCCAGGUCUGGUCCUGAGUCUGCCCCCUGUUCGUGUCGUCGCCUGUCUCACGAGACUCUCCUCUGGCACCACCGCCUUGGUCACCCCUCUCUGCUUCGGCUCAGAGGCAUGGCCUCCUGUCUUCUUGUCUCUGGUCUCCCCCGGUCCCUCCCUCCCCUUCCUCAGGGCCGUGGCCCUGCCUGUGUCCCCUGUGUUGAGGGGCGCCAGCGUGCUGCCCCUCACUCCUCCCAGUUUCCUCCGACAGAGGCUCCGUUGCAGAUGCUUCACAUGGACGUGUGGGGCCCUGCCCGCGUCCAUGGACUAGGUCACGAGCGCUACUUCCUGUUGGUGGUUGACGACUACUCGCGUUACACCACAGUCUUCCCCUUGCGCAGCAAGGGUGAUGUUACUGAGGUGCUGAUCGACUGGAUCCGCGCAGCUCGUCUCCAGCUCAGGCAGAGCUUUGGCUCGGACUUUCCUGUUUUGCGUCUGCACUCGGACAGAGGCGGAGAGUUCUCCUCUGGCCUUCUGCGUGCCUACUGUCGUGCGCGAGGCAUCCGUCAGACCUUCACGCUUCCGGACUCACCGCAGCAAAAUGGGAUUGCAGAGCGCCGCAUUGGCAUGGUCAUGGACGUCGCUCGUACGUCUAUGAUGCAUGCGGCUGCGCCCCAUUUUCUGUGGCCGUUUGCGGUGAGGUACGCGGCGCAUCAGAUCAACCUCCACCCCAGGGUCUCCAGGCCGGAGACCUCCCCAGCCCUGCUGUGGACGGGGAAGGUUGGCGAUGCGUCGGCGUUCCGGGUCUGGGGAUCUCGGGCGUUUGUCCGCGACUUGUCUGCGGACAAGCUGUCCCCUCGCGCUGCUCCCUGCGUCUUCCUGGGGUUCCCCCUCGACGCCCCUGGGUGGCAGUUCUACCACCCCACUUCUCGCCGUGUUCUAUCCUCCCAAGACGUCACGUUCGACGAGUCGCUACCCUACUACCGCCUCUUCCCCUACCGCGCUCCGUCCCUCCCCCCGCCCCCGCUCUUUCUUGUCCCAGGUCCCCCACCGGUAGACCCCCUCCCCCCUCAGGGUCCUGCCCCCUCAGGUGUGUCCCAGGUAGACGCAAUCGAGCCUGUCGAGGUCACUGGUGACUCUGGUGCUACUGGGGGUGCGGAGCCUGGGGGUGCUGAGCCUGGGGGUGCUGAGCCUGGGGGUGCUGAGCCUGGGGGUGCUGAGCCUGGGGGUGCUGAGCCUUGGGGUGCUGAGCCUGGGGGUGCUGAGCCUGGGGUUGCUGAGCCUGGGGGUGCUACGCCUGGAGGUGCCUUGCCUGGGGGUGCUGGGUCUGGGGGUGUUGAGCCUGGAGGCUCUCUGGGUGCUUCGUCUCGCCGGGAGCCACUCUCUCUACAGGAGCUGCGCAAGUGGUUUACCCGGCGCUGGAGCCGUGCUGCUGGUGGUGGAGGUUCGUCGGCUACUGAGGGUGCUGCAGUCGCGGGUCCCGGAGGUGCUCGUCCUGGGAGUACUGGAGCUGCUGGGCCUGUGGGUUCGACUGGAGCUGGUGCUGCUGAGGGUGUUGGCGCUGAGGCUACCAUUGGCGGUCCGGCUGGCGGUGCUCCUGGUGCGGCUGGAGGUUCCGGGGCUGCUGGACGUGCUGCUGGGGGUUCUGGAGCUGCAGGAGGUGCUGCUGGAGGUGCUGCUGGAGCGGGUAUUCCUGCUGGGGGUACUUGUCCUGUCCCUGCUGUUUCUCGCGUCACCACGCGGCCCCGACCGUACUUCGUUCCACUCCUGCAGCAGGUUCUUGGUCUUACACCUUCUCCUGGUCCUCCUCCUCCUCCCUUAAAGGGUCCACAGCCUGUCCUGUCACAGUCACAGCUACAGCCUGCCUCCCCUUUGCCUGCUCCUUCUCCCUACGCUGGUCCUACUCGAGUCGGAAUCUCUUCGUGCUGCCAGUCCGACUGUCACGCGUCUCCUUGCUACUGCCGUCACUGA